AUGAAUGACAAAGUGAAAUUACCACAUAGUCAUUACCUCCAGUCCAAAAAUUAUAUAACGUGUGAGGAGGAUAAUGAUCUUGAUGUGAUGAUGAUGAUAUUCUUAUUAAAAAUCACAAGAACAGAUUUUGAUACUAAAGAAAAAAUACUUAGAGGAAUAUCAAUGAUAAGGAAACAUUAUUCUCUUCAAUAUUUUUCUCAAAAUAAGUUUAAGUUUCGUAAAACAAGUGAAAAAUAUUCGACAACUCUUAAUGGUUACAUGUCAUGA